GCAGACACAACAGACGAAGAAGCAGACACAGAAGACAAAGAAGCAGAGAAUCCCGAUAAAGAUAAAGUUAUUAAAGAAGAUAAUCCUGACAAACAAAAAGAAACACCUGAAACUAAUAAAGUACCCGACGCAGAUAUGGUUGGAAAACUGUCAAAUUAUUACCAGAAUUUAAAGCAUGAUUCUGCCACAGGACUAGCGCUAGAUAGUAAUAAAACUGUAACCUUAAAAGAAGAAACUCUCCUGGAGGACUCCAGGACGGUCGUGCGGUUUUCACCAGUAUGGAAACAGACGAUAGCAGCAUCAGCCUCGAUCCUCAUCACGUUCAUCUCCGGUCUGACGUCAGGGUAUUCCGCCAUCUUGUUGCCCCAGCUCAAAGCAGAGAAUGGCGCCAUCCCUUGGGAUCCAACCACACAGUCUUGGAUAGCUGCAAUGGCUGCGCUCCCAAUGGCGCCUGGCUGUCUGAUCUCCGGUUGGAUGAUGGAGAAAUUCGGUCGCCGCACCUCUCAGUACAUCAUCUGCGCCCCUCUCCUCCUCGGCUGGAUUCUCAUCGCCUCGGCCACCAACCUCCCUCUUCUCCUAGCCGGGAGAUUCCUCACUGGCAUCUGCGUCGGACUCUGCGGCCCACUCAGCCCAGUUUACAUUGGGGAAACCACAGAACCUAAAUACAGAGGCUUCUUUUUAGCUGGUGUCUCACUAGCUAUAGCUGUAGGACUCAUAGCGGCACAUGUCUUAGGAACUUUUCUGACUUGGCAAUGGACAGCUAACAUCUGUUGCCUCUUCCCUAUCCUGGCAGUUCUACUUCUAACUUUAAUCCCUGAGAGUCCUACGUGGCUGAUCUCAAAGGGGAGAAUAGAAGAAGGUGUGAAGGCCUAUGGUUGGCUGAGAGGUCAUAGUGAAGAAGCCAAUGCUGAGCUUAGAGGUAUUUUAGAUAAGCAAAAAGCGGCUGAUUCAGAGCCUGCUCUGGAUUGGAAAGAGAAGCUAAUAGCGCUUAAAAGUCCGGAGCUGUUAAAACCGUUGUUUAUAAUGGUAUUCUUUUUCAUAGUCUGUCAAUUGUCAGGGGUCAACGCUGUUGCGUUCUAUUCUAUAGAUAUAAUGGAGAAGGCAGUUGGUACUGGCAUGGAUCACUACGUGGCCAUGCUGGUGAUAGACAUAGUUAGAGUAAUCAUGUCUGUGUUCGCCUGCGUGGCUUGCCGCCGCUUCGGCAGACGACCCUUAUGCUUCAUCAGCGGUAUACUCACCGCUUUGUCAAUGAUUGGGCUCUCUAUGUACUUAUUUGCGACUGAAGGUACACAGAUCAAAAUGUCUUGGAUACCUUUGUCCUGUCUCAUGAUAUAUAUCUGUGCGAUAUCUAUUGGUCUGGUGCCUUUACCAUGGAUUAUGUGUGGGGAGGUAUUCCCUACUAAGGUCCGAGGUUUGGGCUCUGGUAUUAGCUCUGCGACAACUUUCGCCGCUUUCUUCGCGGUGGUAAAGACCGCUCCAGGUAUGAUGCAGCAUUUAGGAGAAGUUAUUACCUUCCUUAGCUAUGGUGGUGUAGCAUUAGUUGGCACUGGAGUCCUCUAUUUUAUUCUCCCAGAAACGAAAGGGAAGAGCUUGCAAGAAAUUGAAGAAGAGUUCAAAUAUGGCAAGAAGAGUGUUCACAAAAUAUGAACCAAGUAAUUGUAAUAAAAGAUAAAGACUCUUUAUAAUACUUUUACGCUAAAAGCGACAGUGUUUAUCUGUGAUACUUAAGUAGUCAAUAUUAAAAUUAUAUUUUUAA